AUGGACGCCAAAGACUCGGCUCGCGUCGAGCCGAGCGGGCUGGAGUCUGGGGAGUCGGGCGAGGACCGACCGAAGGAACCGGCUUCGCACGGCGUUCGGUUCUGGGGCAUCAUUGCCGCCCUGUGCCUGCUCUCCUUCAUCUCGGCCCUCGACGUCGCCAUCGUCACCACCGCGCUACCCACCAUCACGCGGCAGAUCGGCGGCGAGACGGAGUAUAUCUGGAUCGCCGACUCGUUCGUGCUCGCCUCGUCGGUGCUGCAGCCGCUGCUCGGCCAGCUCGCCGACAUCAUUGGCCGCCGUCUCCCCUUGAUCGCAUCCGCCGCGCUGUUUGCCGUCGGCAGCGGCGUCGCCGGCGGCGCCUCCAAUGUCGCCAUGCUCAUCGCCGGCCGCACCGUCCAGGGCGUCGGUGCCGGCGGCCUCUACGUGCUCCUCGACAUCAUCUGCUGCGACCUGGUCCCACUCCGAGAGCGUGGAAAAUACCUGGGCAUCUUGCUCUCCUGGGCUGGUAUCGGUGCCGCCAUCGGGCCGGGCGUGGGCGGUGCGUUGGCCGAGAAGGACUGGCGCUGGAUCUUCUACCUCAACAUCCCCAUCUGCGGCGUGGCGCUUGGCAUCAUCCUCGCCUUCAUGCGCGUCAAGACGGGCCAGAAGGGCUCCUACAAGUUCCGCCAGAUCGACUAUCUCGGCAACCUGAUCUUCAUCCCCAGCAUCACCGCCUUUCUGCUCGGCCUGUUCAUGGGCGGCGUCAGCUAUCCCUGGUCCAGCUGGCACGUCGUCCUCCCGCUCGUGCUGGGAGCCGUCGGCUGGGCCGCCUUCCACCUGCAGCAGCACUUCACAAGCACACCGAGCAUCCCGAGCCGCCUCUUCGCGAACCGCACUUCGGCGACCGCCUACUUCCUCACCUUCCUGUCGUCCACCAUCGUGCAGAUGAUCGGCUACUUCAUGCCCGUCUACUUCCAGGCCGUGCAGGCCACCACCGUGCUCGACUCGGGCACCUACUACCUGCCGUUCGCCUUCGGCACGCUCGCCUUCGCCGUCGUCUCGGGCGCCCUGCUCUCCCACUUCGGCGCCUACCGCCCGCUGCACGCCGCCUCCUUCGCGCUGUCCGCCGUCGGCUUCGGCCUCUUCACCCUGCUGACCGACCAGAGCCCCAAGGUCAUGUGGGCCUGGUUCGAGCUCAUCGCGAGCAUGGGCACCGGCGCGAUUCUCUCGGUCCUGCUGCCGGCCGUCAUGGCCGCCCUGCCCGAGUCGGACGUCGCCGCCGCCUCGGCGGCAUACUGCUUCAUCCGCACCUUUGGCUACAUCUGGGGCGUGACGAUCGCCUCUCUUGUGUUCAAUGCCCAGUUCAACCGGAACCUGGGCGUCAUUUCCGACCCGACCCUGAGGGACAUGCUGAAAGACGGCGCGGCCUACGCGUUUGCGAGCCAGGCGCACGCGGCGAAGGAGAUCCUGCUCGGGACAAACCCGGGAAUUUGGAGCGAGAUUCUGAGCGUGUACAUCAAGAGCUUGAACACCAUCUGGUGGGUCGGACUCGGCAUCAGCGUUCUGGGAUUCUUCUGUGUCGGUCUGGAGAGGGGGUUGGAACUCAGGAGGACCCUGGAGACCGAGUACGGGAUCGACGAGUCGAAGUCAUGA